GGACUCAGGCUGUCGGGCGCGAGCGGCUGGAGCCUGCGGGCUGCGUUUCCCGGCGCGAUGUUCACGGCGGGAGCCGAGAGUCUGCUCCACCAGGCCAGGGAGAUCCAGGAUGAGGAGCUGGGGAAGUUCUGCUCCCGGAUCAGUAAACUGCUACAGAAGGAGGACUGGAGGCCGGAAGCCACUGACAGCCUGCGGAGGCUCUUCCUCAUCAUCUCUGCCACAAAAUACCCCAGGAAGCUGGAGAAGACGUGCGUGGACCUGCUGCAGGCUGCCCUCUGCUCCCCCACCACCUGCCCUGAGCAGCUCCAGGUCCUCUGCGCCGCCAUCCUGAGAGAGAUGUCGCCCUCCGAUAGCCUGAGCCUGUCCUGUGAGAAUAUCCAGAGCACCCAGCAGCUGAGCCUGACGGCAUCUGUGCUUCUGGCCCAGGGUGACAGCGAGAAGGCCAGAGGCGUGGGCCAGCGCGUCUUCAAAGUCCUGGAGAGCCGGCACCCUGAGGGCCCCAGUCUGAGGCAGCUCCUCCCGGUCCUGGGGAAGGUCGCCAGCCUGGCCCCAGGCACCUUCCAUGAAGACCAGGUCAACCUGCUCAACAAGAGGCUGGUGGACUGGCUCCGCUAUGCCAGUGUCCAGCAGGGGGUGGCACACUCCUCCGGAGGCUUCUUCACACCCAGAGCCCGGCAGCCCGGCCCCAUCACCGAGGUGGAUGGUGCAGUAGCCACCGACUUCUUCACGGUGCUCUCUACUGGCCAGCACUUCACGGAGGACCAGUGGCUGAAUGUGCAGGCCUUCUCCAUGCUGCGGGCCUGGCUUCUGCACAGCGACCCCCAAGGCGCUGGCGCCCCAGAUGCAGACGACAGGUCGGAGCUGGAGGGCUCCACCCUGUCUGUGCUCUCUGCCGCCUCCACCGCCAGCGGCCUGCUGCCCCCCCAGGAGCGACUGCGGGAGAAGGCCUUGGAGUACUGCCAGCGCCUCAUUGAGCAGAGCAACCGGCGAGCCCUGAGGAGGGGAGACUCGGACCUGCAGAAAGCUUGCCUGGUAGAAGCUGUGCUGGUGCUGGACGUGCUCUGCCGGCAGGACCCCGCCCUCCUGUACCGCACGCUCCCCUGCCUGAAGGCCCUGCACGCCCGGCUGUGUGGGGACCCCCCCUGCGUGCGGGCGCUGCUGCCCGUGGCCCAGUUCUUCCUGAACCACGUGGGCGCCUGGAUGCGCCUUUCAGAGAAUGUUUCGGUGGCUUCCACUCGGGGUGGGCUGAGGCGGCCUGACUGCCACAGAGAGGCUCUCGUGCCAAGCCCGGCGCUGGCCUUCGAAUUCAUCCAGUUCUGCAGGGACAACCUUCACCUGUUUGGCAGGAACCUGGGCAUUCUCAGAUCAAGCUUCCCCAACCUCUUUAAGUUCCUGGCCUGGAACAGCCCGCCCCUCACCUCUGAGUUUGUGGCGCUGCUGCCCUCGCUGGUGGACGCCAGCACUGCCCUGGAGAUGCUCCACGCGCUGCUCGACCUGCCCUGUCUGACGGCAGCCUUGGACCUGCAGCUCAGGUCGUCGCCAAGUGUGUCGGCGGAGAGGCCGCUCUGGGACGCCUCCCUUCGGACCCCCAGCUGCCUGGAGGCCUUCCGGGACCCACAGUUCCAGGGCCUCUUCCAGCACCUGCUGCGAGCCAAGGCCAGUGGGACCACCGAGAGGCUGGCGCCGCUCCACCACCUGCUGCAGCCCAUGGCCAGCUGUGCUCGAGUGGUCCAGUGCGCCGAGGCUGUGCCGCUCCUGCUCCAGGUGUUCUUCUCGGCGGUGGCCCAGCUCUCUGACAGGGCCCUGACCAACCGGCUGGCGCUGCUGCUUCUAGAGAGAAGCGACUCGCUCUACCAGGUGCCCCAGUACGAGGCUCGCGUGCACAGGGUGCUGAGCGCCCAGUUCCUGGCCCUGUGUCAGCUGCGGCCCUCCCUGGUGGUGGAGCUGGCGAAGGAGCUGCUGGAGUUCGUGGGCAGCGCGAGCGGCGUCCGGAGCAGAGGGAGCAUGCUCACCUGCGUGGUGUGGGCCGUCGGCGAGUACCUGUCAGUGUCCUGGGACCGGCGAUGUACCGUGGAGCAGAUCAACAAGUUCUUUGAGGCCCUGGAAGCCCUGCUGUUUGAGGUCGCCCAGUCCCGCCCCUCUGCCGCCCUCCCCAAGUGUCCGCCGCAGGUCAUCACCGUGCUCAUGACCACACUGACCAAGCUGGCCUCCCGGAGUCAAGACCUCAUCCCUCGGGUCUCUCUGUUCUUGUCCAAAAUGAGGACCCUGGCCCAGAGCCCGGCCAUGAGCUCAGCCCACGGCGAGGCGGACGCGGCGGCCGUGCGCACCCGGGCCACCGAGCUGCUGAACCUGCUGAAGAUGCCAAGCGUGGCCCAGUUUGUCUUCACGCCCAGCGCGGAGGUGUCUGAGCCCCGCUACCACCGUGACGGCAACACGGCGCUGCCCCUGGCCCUGCGCACCGUCAGCCGGUUGGUGGAGAAGGAGGCCAUCUCCUGCCAGGGCGAAGGGGCGGUGGCGCAGGCGGGGGGCUCCGUGUGAGGCCCGGCCAGCUCAGCGGUGCGUGGCGGGGUGCUGACCCCUCUCUGGCGGCCCUGCUGCGCUGUGUAUUAAGCAGCCCCGGUUUGUGGCUUGGCCCUCUGCGGGCUGGCAGGAGUAGCUCGGUGGGCCCUGGUACUCCUUGAUCUGGAGAUAAGAAGAGGCACACAGAAUUCAGCCUCCCUCAAGUGUCCCAACAUGGCCUGGCUGCUCGCUUUCCUUCCCUCCACCCAGUGGCAGCUCCCACAGCCACAGCAAGGUAGGGGGCCGGCGCGCCAGGCAGCUGGUGCCCUUCUCAGGGCCGACGUGCAAGGGCUGGACCCAGGGACCCCUGAGCCCUAGAUGUCCCGUAAGUCACAUCAUCAGCACAGGCGGCGGGCAGCCUGUGAGCCCCGAGGCGCUCAUGCCCCCUUGAAAUGCCCGUCCGCGUCCCCCUUCUGGCCGGGCUGGAGGAGCUGCCACUUUUGCAGACCUGCAGCUCCCCUGGCCGCGGGCCGGCCUCCUGUGCCUCUCAGCAGACUCCGAGGCCUG